UGAGGUAAAGCGGAAAACCCUACCGCCCCAUUUCUACCCGGGCCCAGAAGGAGUGAAGAGUCUCCCACCGGGCCGCCGCCGUCUCGUUUUCCUUCACCUCACUCGGCCGCUGCUCUCGCCCCGUCGUCAUGUUCAAGAAACUGAAGCAGAAAAUUAGCGAGGAGCAAACGUCGCCGGCGCCGCGGAACCUCGGCAGUGGUGCUCCGAACCCGCCCCAGGGGCCCUCUACGUCUUCACCAUCAACAACCAGGAGUAGAACAUCUUCACUUGUAGAGCAAAAUGACGAAGGCACUUUAACACCCAACAGAGAGCUGCUAGCUGAGAUGAUAUCAGAGCCUGCUUUUCUUUCUGAGUAUACUGUCUUUGCUUUGGAUCCUACCAAGCGACUUAAACCACAGAGUGAGAGUGUGAAUGUAUCUAAGCAAGUAACGCCCAGCACUAAUAAUAGUGAAAGUGAACCAUCUUCCCCACAGCCUAGUGAUGUCUAUUCCUUUGCACAGAAGCUUCAGCUUCGAGUUCCUUCAAUGGAAUCAUUGUUUCGAAGUCCCUUAAAAGAAUCUCUGUUCCGCUCUUCUUCUAAAGAGUCUUUAGUGCGGACUUCUUCAAGAGAUUCAUUGAACAAACUGGACUUUGAUUCUCCUGGUCCUACGUAUGAUCCACCUUCUGAUGUUGAAAGUGAAGCAGAAGAAUUGCCCGGAAAUGCAGACAGCCUCCCCAAGGAACAGCUAUUGCAACGGUUGCGUAGGAUGGAGCGAAGUUUAGGCAGCUACAGGGGAAAAUAUUCAGAGCUGGUUACUGCCUAUCAAGCUGUGCAAAGAGAAAAGAAAAAGUUACAGGGAAUAUUGAGCCAGAGUCAGGAUAAAGCACUUCGCAGAAUUGGUGAAUUGCGUGAGGAACUCCAAAUGGAUCAACAGGCCAAAAAACAUCUUCAGGAAGAGUUCGAUGCAUCAUUAGAAGAAAAAGACCAGCUCAUCAGUGUCCUGCAGACUCAGGUAUCAUUACUGAAACAACGGUUGCAGAAUGGCCAAAUAAGUAUUGAAUUACCUGAUCCAAAUGUUCAAACUCAAGCACAAGUUCAGAGUCCAACAAAAGAUAUAAAUACAGAGAAUGCCCUGCAAUCAGGGAGUUCUGGCGGUGAUGGGGAUUCUGCCCAAACACUAGAAUCUCUUACUCAGCGAGUAAGACGUCAAGAGAACUUGCUUCAUCGCUGCAAAGAAACAAUUCGAUCACAUAAAGAGCGCUCAGCACAGCUAACAAGUGAGAAGGAGGCACUGCAGGAACAACUAGAUGAGAGACUUCAGGAACUAGAGAAAAUGAAGGAUCUGCAUAUGGCUGAAAAGACCAAAUUGAUUACUCAGCUACGUGAUGCCAAGAACUUGAUAGAACAGCUGGAGCAAGAUAAGGGCAUGGUAAUAGCAGAAACAAAACGGCAAAUGCAUGAAACACUGGAAAUGAAGGAAGAAGAAAUUGCCCAGUUGCGUGCUCACAUGAAGCAGGUUGUUAUGCAAAGUGAGGAGUUAAAAGAACAGAAGGAAAAGUCUGAAAAAUCUGCAUUUGAAGAGCUUGAGAAGGCUCUCAGUACAGCCCAAAGGACUGAAGAAGUACGUAAGAAAUUGCAAGCAGAAAUGGAUGAAAAGAUCAAGGCUGUAGAAAAAGCAAGUGAGGAAGAGCGUGUGAGCCUUCAGCAGGAGUUAACAAGGGUAAAGCAGGAGGUUGUUAAUAUUAUGAAGAAAUCUUCAGAAGAACGAAUUACUGAGCUGGAGAAGUUGCAUAAAAAUGAAUUAGCUAGCAAAGAACAGCUGUUGAAUGAUAGGCUACAGGCUCAAGAUCAGGCAUUCCAGGAACAAAUGAAAGCAGCUCUUGAAAAGUGCCAGAGUGAACAUCUACAGAUCAUACAAGAAAAAGAACAGCAGGACUCAUUAGCCUUAGAAGAAUUGGAAUUGCAGAAAAAAGCAAUUCAAUUAGAAUGUGACAAAAAACUCAAGGACAUGCAGCAAGAAACAGAGACCUUCAGAACUAGAAUUCUUGAGUUAGAAAGUUCCCUUGCAAAGUGUUCACAAAAUGACAAAAACCAGAUAGAAGAAAUGAGUUGUCAGAUAGAAUCAGAAAAAAACAAGCUGAAUAAAGAAGCUACUGCUAUGGUUGAAAAACACAGAGAAGAGCUUGAGGCUGUGAAGCAACAGGAGCAAAAACUUUGGAGAAAAAAACUGGACACAUUAAUGCAGCAGCAGCAGUCAGAAAUGCAGAAACUGAAAAGGCAUCAUGAGGAAGAAAUGACUAAAGUACUGAACGAAAAAGAGGCUGUAUUUCAUGCUCACAUAGAAGAGAUGAAUGAGAGAACUCUAGAAAAGCUUGAUGUGAAACAGACAGAGCUUGAAGCACUCUCUUCUGAGUUAUCAGAUACAUUCAAAAUUCGUCAAGAUCUUGAACAAUGUCUGUCAAAGUUAAAAGAUGAUGCAGAUCAAGCAAAGCAAGAUUUUGAGGCAAAGUUAGAACAGCAGAAGAAUCAUCACCAGGAACAAAUUGAAGCUAUUUUUAAAGACCAGGAAGUAUCAGAGAAAACAUUUAAAGAAGAAAUUAAUCAACUUAAGCUACUUUUGGAAGCAAAAGAGAAAUGCCAAGAGGAAUUGGAAGAGCAAUUGAAAAAAUUAAAGGAAUCUCUAGUAAAGACUGAAACUGAAUGUAAAGAAAUGUCUGCAGAACUAGAUGUCCUACGUCAGUCCAGGGAUGACAGUGCCAGAGAACAGGCAAGCAUUUAUGAACAGAAGUUAACAGAUUUGCACCAAACUUUGGCAAAUGUAAAAGCUGAAAAAUUGCACCUUGAAGAAAAGAUUGUAAAAGCUGAACCCCAACUGAGUGAAGUCAAAGCUGAGUUAGACUCUCAGAUAUCCCAGGUACACAAUUUGAAAUCUGAACUGGAAGAGCAAAAGAGAGAAAAUAUGCAGAAAAUCUCCUCGCUGACAGAACAGUAUGACUCACAGUUAAGAGACCUUAGAGAAGAGGUCAGUCAGGCAAAGAUCCAUUUUACUGAUAAGGAAAAUGAACUUAAACAAAUGAAGGGGCUCUUGAACCAACAAAUUGAUGAGCUUAGACAGCAUUUGUCAGCCAAAGAGGAGGAAAUGAAUGUUUUAAAAGGAGAAUAUGAAAUCAGAUUGAGAAAUCAAGAAACAGAAACAGAGAAAGUUAAAGAAAAAGCAAAGGAGAUGCAAGUAAUAUUCAAGAAGAAGCUUUCAGAGCAGGAAGCAAAACUGAAAAAGGAGAUUGAAAACAAACAGUUGGAGCUUAGUCAGAAAGAGAAGCAAUUCAAUUCAAAAAUAUUGGAAAUGGCUCAUGCCAGUUCAGCUGGAAUAAAUGAUGCUGUGUCAAAACUGGAGAUGAAUCAGAAGGAACAACUAGAAAGCCUUGCUGAAAUUCACAGACAAGAACUAGAAAAAGUUGUAGAAACUUGGGAAAAGAAACUCAGUCAGCAGGCUGAAGAACUUCAAGAGAAGCAUGAAAUGGAGUUACAAGAAAAAGGAAAAGAAUUAGGGGAUGUGAAACAGAAAUUGGCCACCUUCAGUGCUGAAAGAGAAGGGAGUAAUGCAGAGAUUACCAGGUUAAGGGAAGAACAGACAAAGCAGAAGAAAUCUAUGAAUGAGCUUCAAGAGCAACUUCAGCAAACGUUAGCUCAAAUGACUAUUUUGACACAAAAAGAAACUGAUCUAAAAAUGCAAUGUGAAAAAUUAGAGGAUGAUCUUAGUUUGUCUUUGAAGGACAAGAUUGCGGUUCAGGAAGAUCUUAGUGAAAUAAAGGCAGUAAGAGAAAAAGAGAAGAAUAAAGUUAGUGAACUGGAAGAAAAAUUGAAAAUAUCUGAUGAGCACCUCCAGGCUCUAAAACUGUCAAAUUCUAAAGAGCAUGAGGAUUAUGAGAAAAUUCUUCAUGACAAAAAUUUGGAGCUUCAACAACAAAAAGCUGAAUUUGAGAAGUUUUCAAGGGAUACAGCCACACAACUGGAGGACUACCAGCAGAAAGCAGAAACUUUACUGCAAACAAAAACCACUGAACUGAUUGAAAAAUGCAGGGAUAAGAUUUCUUCAGUAAUUGCUAGGGUUGCACAUUGUCAGCACCAGGCAACAAAAAUUAAAGAAGCAAUAUUCACUAAAACCUGUCAAAUUCCUGAUCUAAAAGCUCAACUUAAACAAAUAAGAGAGAGUCAUGGUACUUUAACAAGCUGUUUACACGAGUCAAAGGAACACUUGCAGGAAAAGGAAAACUUGUUGAUGUCUAUGAAAGUUGACAUUGAAACGCUUGUAACAGAAAAAGAGCAAUUGCAAAAAGAAGGAGGGCACCAGCAGCAAGCAGCAACAGAGAAAGAAACUUGCAUCACACAGCUGAAGAAAGAAUUAUCUGAGCAUAUUAAUGUUUCCACUUCAAUGAAGGAGGAUCUGAAUGAGAAAACUUUGGAGAUUGUAGACCUUAACAAACUUAUCAGUGAAUUAAACCUCAGACUUGAAAAUAGCAUAUCAGAAAAAGAUGCUGCUACAGCAUUGUUAAACAAGCAACACAAAGAGAAUAGACUGCAGUUACUGAAUGAGGUGCAGGAAUUGUCUUCCAAAGUUGAAACACUUAGUCAGGAAAAAGCAGCUGCUCUUGAACAGGUAGACCACUGGAUGAACAAGAUGUCAGAAUGGAAGAAGAAAGCUCAGUUGAGAUUUACACAGAACCAUAAUACUAUUAAGGAGUUACAAAACAAGGUUGAAUUGAGUAAUAAUCAAGCUAGUGAAAAAGAAGAGGAAUUGAAUAGAAUGAAGGAAGAGUGUGAUAAACAAACCAAACAUAUAGAACAUUUGAAAGGCUUAAUAGAACAAAAGCAGAAUCGAAGAGACAAACAAGAAUCUGAUUUGGUUGCUGAGUUAAAAAUUCAUACAGCAAGAAUUGCUGAGCUAGAAGAACACAUUGCUCGGAAAACAGCAGAGAAUGAUUCUUUAAUGGAUGAACUCAAAAGACACAAUGAGCAGGACAGUGAGCAAAAAGAAUUGGCACAAAAGCUUGAACAGGCUCAGGUGGCAGUUGUGGAAAAGGAUAACAGGCUUAAAGAGAUGGAAGAAAAAGUACUACUCUUUGAAAAGAAAAUGCAGACAAUGGAAAUUGACUUUAAGGAAAAAUCCAAAGAAUUUGAAGAAACAAAAGUGGCUCUAAUGAAAAGCAAAGAGGAAGAGUUAAAGGCUUUAGAAGAGAGGCUUAUUUCAGAAACCACUGCUAAAAUAGCAGACCUGAAAAAAAAGGCUGAACAAAAAAUUGCAUCCAUUAGAAAGCAGUUGACAUCUCAAAUGGAAGAAAGGGAACAGCAAUAUAAACAAGAUAUGGAAAAGCAAUUGCAAGAAAAAUUACAAGGCAAAGAAAACAUGAUUAUGUCUUUGGAAGAAAAAAUUCGAUCAAUAGAUUCAGAGUUAGAAAAGGAGACGAUACAGAAAGUGCAAGCCAUGCAAGUUUCUACAGAGCAGGAGAACAUGCAACAGAUGUAUGAAUUGAAAAUUGAUACUUUACAAAAGGAUUUAUUGGAAAAAGAGAGACUACUAAAGAUCUACGAUAAAGAACAAAAAAAAUGUGGAAUUUUAAAGCUAGAGGCUCAGAAUCAACAAGAGGAACUCCUUAAAAGGAAACAAGAAGACCAGAUCAUAGUUGAAAAGCUUCAGCAAGAGCUUGAGGAGCAAAUUAAGAAUCAGGCUUCAUUGCUUGAGCAACACACAAAAGAUGAUAGCGACUUAGCAAAUAUCAGAGAAGAAUUGAAAACCAAAGAACAAAAACAGCAAAAAAUGGAGAAUGUGAUUAAAGACUUGCAAAAAGCCCUGCAAGAUAAGGAGAAAGAAGAGCAGUCUUUGCAGCAAAAGAUACACAGUUUUGAUGAGGAUGCCAUGAAAGAGAGAGAACUGCACAAAACUGAGAUGGAAGAGUUGAUUUCAAAAUAUGAUGAGAAGUUGCAGGGACUCCAACAGCAGCUGGAUGAAAGAAGUGGCCUUACAAAAGCUUUAGAAGAAAGCACAGAAGAAAAGACUAGAUCAAUCCUUGAUCUUCAGAAACUGCUUGAUGAUCUGCAGAUGCAGCAGAAGGAUUUGCAAGCUAAACUGCAGGAGACUGAGCGGGAGAAACAGAAACUGCAGAAAGAUCUGAGUAAGCUGCAUAAGGAUUUGCGGACUCUGCGGAAGGAGCAUCAGCAAGAGCUGGAGAUAAUGAAGAAAGAAUCUUUGGAAGAAAUGGAACAAAAAAUAAAAUAUGAACAGGAGGACAUUGAAUUGAAGCACAACUCCACAUUAAAGCAGUUAAUGAGGGAAUUCAAUACCCAGCUGGCACAAAAGGACCGGGAAAUAGAAACAGCUGUAAAAGAAACUAUCAGUAAAGCCCAAGAGGUUGAAUCUGAACUGAUAGAAAGCCACCAUGCAGAGAUAACUCAAUUACACAAAAAGAUUCUAGAAAAAGAUGAUGACCUACAAAGGACGGUUAAAAAGUAUGAAGAAAUACUUGAGACACGAGAGGAAGAAAUGACAGGAAAGGUAAAUGACCUGGAGAAACAGCUGGAGAAAUUGCAAGAGGAGUACAAGCAAAGGCUGGCAGAUGAAGAAAGCUGGAACAGUGGUGAAGUUACAAUAACUGAACUUCAGGCCCAGCUAGCUCAGAAGACAACACUUGUCAACGAUUCAAAGCUGAAAGAACAGGAAUUCAGAGAACAGAUUCAUACACUACAAGACCGGUUGAAACAUUAUGAGAAGAGCAUGUAUGUCACAACAGUUGAAACUCCUUACAGAGAUGGGAACCUUUGCCAUUCGGAUGUCUCUCUCUUUGGGGAACCAACUGAGUUUGAAUACUUAAGGAAGGUGCUAUUUGAGUAUAUGAUGGGUCGUGAGACAAAGACAAUGGCAAAGGUUAUAACUACAGUGCUGAAAUUCCCUGCUGACCAAGCACAUAAGAUAUUAGAACGAGAAGAUGCACGGACACAGUCCUGGUUACGAACAUCUUCUUGAAGAACCUGUAGCACAUGCACUUUGUAGCGGAAGACACUGCUUUGAAAUCUGAUCAUAUCUCCAUAUUAGCUCAUUGGAGAAUGGACUAGAGAAGAACUAUUAUUCAUGGUCCCACGUAAAAGGAGUAAAACAAAGAACAUUGAUGGGUUGGGAGCUGGGGUCAUGAAUAUAGUUAAUCAACUGCCUUGUGGAGAGAGUGUUUAUCAGGUGAUGAGUGCUUAAUUUAGACACUGUUUUCUAUUUUGUUCUGGAAGGUUUUUUUUUAAAAAGGAAAAUUAAAAUGCUUUGCCUCACUGCAAAAUCUCAGUACAAAUUUCACAGGAUAUCUCUAUACGAAUUAACAGUUUGACUGUCCUAUUUAUUUUAUUGCAGUUUUUUUUGGUCUGAAAUAAUUGUGCAAUACACUUUGGGUGGCUAGCAAGCCUUGGUGAUUUUCCUGAUAAGUUAAGCCACUGUUAACUCUCCCCCCACUCCCAAUUUGAUCUAUUAAUUGUUUGGUGAAGGCCAUUUCUUUUAAGCUUUUGCUUAUAAUGAAUCCAUAUUGCAGUACCUCAUUUGUUUAUUCCUAGCUUUUGUACUUAUAUUUUGUGGGGAAUAAAUUUACACUCCUGUAAAUUGUAAAUAGUUACUACCUAAUUGUAUCAUAUGCUGAUCUCUGACUGUUGGCAGUGCUAAUCUUGCAGAGCUGGGAGAAAAUAAAACUUCUAUUUACUGUAUAA